GCCCUCCUCCCCACGCCCUCCCGCUCCCCCCCUCUCCUCCCCUCCCUCCCAGCCGCCGCCGCCGCCUGCCAGGCCAGCUCAAGCCGGCGUGCGCCCCGACGCCUCGACAGUCCCGCGCCGCGCCGCCGAGAUCUCGUCGAGGGAGGCAAGGCAGCGGCGGCGGCAGCUGCAGCAGGAGAGAUGUCGUCGGGGCGGUACAUGGCCUACUCGCCCUCCCCGUCCACCACCCCGCACUCCCCACGCAUCGGCGGACUCCGGUCUCCCUCCGCCGCCGUCGCCGAGCAGGAGAAGUACCUUGCUGAAUUGCUCGCGGAGAGGCACAAGCUUGGCCCCUUCAUCCCAGUGAUCCCGCAUAGUGUACGGCUGCUAAAUCAAGAAAUUUUACGUGUUUCCACACUAUUGGAGAAUGCGUCCCUUUUAAAUCAAAGUGGCCUUGAACAUGGUAGUCCACUAACAACGGGAGGAUUAUAUUCAAAUGGAGCAGCUACUGACAUGAACGGGUGGACAUCAGCGUUUCAAUCAGAAAGUUCACCAGCUUAUAGCUGGCUUGGAGGUUCCCAAGGCAGCUCCUCUGGACUGAUUGUCAAGAAAACAAUGAAGGUUGAUAUACCUGUAGACAAAUAUCCAACAUACAAUUUUGUUGGUCGCAUCCUUGGUCCUAGAGGAAAUUCCUUGAAGCGAGUGGAGGCAAAUACAGACUGCCGCGUGCUAAUAAGGGGCCGGGGCAGCAUUAAAGAUCCAGCUCGGGAGGAGAUGAUGCGAGGGAAACCAGGAUAUGAACAUCUGAAUGAACCCCUUCAUAUAUUGGUUGAGGCAGAGCUGCCUGUGGAAAUUAUUGAUGCACGCCUGAUGCAAGCCCGUGAGAUCCUUGAAGAUCUGCUGAAGCCUGUGGAUGAAUCCCAGGACUUCUUCAAGAAGCAACAGCUGCGGGAGCUUGCGAUGCUCAAUGGCACCCUCCGCGAAGAAGGAAUGCAGAGGUCCGGUUCGGCUUCCCCUUUCCACAACAGCCUUGGAAUGAAGAGAGCCAAGACGAGGGGUUAAAGGUGCAAAUAUCAUGAAGGGGUAACCAAAUCAUCUGUUCCGAGACCAAUCCUGAGUACGAAUAUGGGGUUGCCUUGCUGGCUAUCGGCCCAAUACGUCUCGCGCCACCAGCAUCGGGCGGCCCGUACCUGAUAAAUACAUAUAUCUGGAGUUGUAUUUCCUGCUACCGGGGAGCUUUGGUUAUGGCGACAUAGGGUGUUGAUGCGCUAUUCAUUGGGUUGUGCAGGGUUUUGUAGCGAUGUGGUUUGUGUACUGCUCAUUUGGAGCUGUGAACUGGUGAAUGGAGCUCUGAAAAGCUCUGACCGUGCUUGUAUUUAUUUGUCUUUCGAAGACUGAUUUAAGGAUGCUGUUUGGGAUUGAUGUGACGCUGUAACCCGUGUGCACUCAGUGCGAGAUAAGCAUGUUGACGUUGGCUUGUGAAAUUUGUUCAGAAUUCUUAUUUGUUACUA